AUGGGAGUCCCACGGGAGAAAGUGGUCCCGUUCUCAUGCCACUUACAAGGUUUCGCUGGAGAGAAGGUGCUGCCUCUCGGUUCAAUCGAUCUCCCUGUGACGGCAGGGACCUAUCCGAAGCAAAAGGUCAUCAUGGUGAAAUUCUUAAUAGUUGAUAGAGUUUCAGCCUAUAACGCCAUUAUCGGAAGGACAGCUCUCAACGACUUAAAAGCUGUGACCUCAACACCACAUUUCAGUAUGAAGUUCCCGACAGAGGAAGGAGUUGGAGUGGUCAAGGGAGACCUGAAGGAAGCUAGACGUUGUUACAACUUGUCCCUGAAAAGCACCCCGAGGCAGCACAAUCUGGGUGAGAAAGCUAAGGAGGACGGGAAAUAG